AUGGCCUGUCCCCUUAUUCUUUUAGGCAAUCCCAGUGUUCAAUUUACUGAAGAUCGACCUCUUAUGGAGGAAUGUCAAACGCUGGAACUUUUCACUCAGGGUGCCAAGGAGAGAACUCCAACCUUUGGCAUGACUAUGGUUGAAGAGGGGCAAUAUGCAGUUGAUUUCCAUGCACAAUUAUGCCCAUUACAAGCUUUCUCCAUUUGUGUGGCCAUUUUACAUGGUGCGGGGCAGGAGAAAAAACAACAGAUAUCUCGAUGCAAUUCAUUGAAAAUGCUUCUUGAGGAGGAGGUAGAGUUAUUUAUCAACUCAGUCACGAAAGAAGAGAAUAGGACUGUGCCAAAGAUUCAGAAGGGAAUUAAUCUACCCUAUGUGCUAAACCCACCUUUUUCUCCUAUUGCACGAGUAUAAAGUGUAGUGUCCAUACUUUGUAACACCAAAUAGAACAGAAUUUUGUCUAUAUUGUAAUUGGAUAAUCUUAGGGAAAGGGACAAAAGAGAUUAUAGGAAAUGAUUUUAUUCUGAAUUCCAGUC